AUGCCUUUGGGAUGGUUUGUGUUCCUAAACUGCUGCCUAGUUUGGCAAAUGUCAGUGGCCGAGUUAGUUUACAAGAUAAAUAAAAUCGAAUGCCAGGUAAACAAGGCAAGAGUCAGUGAUGUCUCCUGUCGUGUGAAGGCGAUCAAUUGGAAUAUGGCCGUGGUCAAUAUGGAUUGCCUCUUAAUAUUGCCAGUCACAAGCCCAGUUGUUCGACUGCAAGUUUUUUUGAAGGACUAUUCCAACCAGUACAAGCCAUUUCUAAUUGACGUGACUUUCAAGCUAUGUGAAGUGAUGGAAAGGAAGAACUUUAUACCCUAUGGCGUCAUUGUGUGGAAACUAUUAAAACGGUUCACGAAUGUCAACGAAUCAUGCAGUUUAUCGGGACAUUUAACUGCAAGGAAUGGAUAUCUGGACACCAGUUUUCUGCCACCAUUUCCCCACGGAGUCUACCAAUUCAGUUUUAUGUUUAGUGAUAAAAAUUUUACAAAUACUGAAUUUUUGGGAAAUGUUAAGUUUUUUAUUGAAUCCAUGGAUCGAAUUAAGAGUAAGAAGUUCAGAGACUAG